AUGGAGGGGGACCCAGAGUUUCUGUCGCGCCUGCAGCAGCUCGGCUCAGAAUACAAGCGCCUUAAGGAGCAGCGGGCAGAAGCACAGCAGCUAGCUGAGGCCCUGGAGGCUCAGAACAGCAAUCUGGUUACAGCUAACAAAGAGCUAGCUAGCCAGCGCCAAGAGCUCCUUGCAGAAAACAAGACAUUGAUAGGGAAGCUCCAAGCGACAACACGUGAGAAGUCCCUGCUGCAACAGCAGCUUUUUCAAAGGGAAAAACAGCUGCAGGAACUGCAGCAGGAGCUGCAGCAGCAGCAACAGGCAACGGCAGCAGCGGCAUCAGCAGCAGCUGAAAAGGAUGCAGCGAAUCACGUGCUUCGCGAGGCCAAUGCGAAAGCAACAGCAGCAGCUGCUGCAACUGAGAAACGGCUCGAAGAAACUCAGCGAGAAGCUGCUGCUUUCCGGGCGGAGGCAGAGGAGCAACAGAAGCAGUUGACUGAAGCAAAUACCAAACUUAACCUUGAAAACAAAGAGCUUGCAGAUAAGAGUAAAGAGUUAAAUGACCGAAACAGAAAUCUCCAGAAGAAGAGGCAAGAGCUUCUUGAGCAGGUCAGGACCCUGGAAGCGUCACAGCGGCGCAGCGUUGAGGAGCAGCAGCUACAACAACAGCAACUACAGCAGCAGCAGGAAGAAUUACGGUCACUGAAACAAGCAAACAGAUCGUUGCUCGCAAAAAGUAAGCAGCAACAGGAGGAGAGACAGGAAGCUCUAAAGCAACUACGGCAACAGCUGCAGGAACUGCAGGGCCAGCAGCAGCAGCAGCAGGAACUAGUUGAAAGACGCACCCAGGAAGUUGCUGCUGUAGAAGCGCAGCUGCUUCAGCAGCAGCAGGCCUCCGCAGCUCAGACAGACCUGCUUCAGCAGCAAAUAGAGCAGCAGCAGCAGCAGCUCAGGGCUGCCCUGGCGUCAAACACAAAGGCAGUCGAUGAUCUUAACACUGAGAAAGCACGUGCAGCCGAGGACCGCAUGCGUUACGAGAUGCAACUGCAGCAGAUGCAGCAACUGCAGCAGGAAACAGCGGAGGCAGCAACAACAGCAAAUGAAGAACAGAAGGAGGCAAUGAGCAGAGUAGAGGCGCUCUGUAGUGAACGUCAGUUGGCGUACGAACAUCUCGAACCGCUUUUGCGACAAGUGCAUCGAGGCAGCAGCUUCUGUAGCAACAGCAGCAAAAGAAGUGACAGCAACGGCAGCCAGCGCAGCUGCAGCGAUGACGAAGAUGAUAUAGAGGGCCGGCGUAACGGUGCCUUAGCUGCAGCUGCAAGGCGCGCUGCUGCAUCUUUUCUGCGUCUACAGAACGAACACGAGAGGGCCUGUAGGGAGACAGAGCACUUGAGGCAUCAACUGGAGCAGAAGCAACAGCACGAACACAGAUUACAGCGGGAAUUUCGAAUAGCGACGGAAGAAAUUCAAAAAGCGUUGCGAGAAAAGCGGGAGCUGGCUUCGCAGUACAUGUCACUUGCACAGGGGCUGCAGCAGUUGGCUCGGCAAAGCGAAUCUCUCGCGGUUUGUCCUUUGUUAGCGUGUCUGGAUGAAAAGGAGCAGCAGCAACAGCAUCAGCAAGGAGCGUGCCUGCUGCCAGUUAGAAUGAUAUCUGCGAAUUCUCAAGUGCACGCAGCACCAGAUUGGGGUCCCCCCUCGGCCAGGACGUCCACUGCUGACAGCUACGCAAUUGGCUCUCCGCAUGACUAG